AUCUCCCGGUGUGGCUAGCAGUUAGCUUGACUCGUUAGGUGCAGGUGAACGAUGGCUUCUCUCCUGACUCGUCGGCUCCAGUUUUCUUGUCUCCAUCGUUUCCUGCGGAGUUUUAACUUAAACUGUGGAAACGUCACCAGAUGUGCGUCUCUGGACAGUGCUCUCUCUGCGUUCAGGUCUAUAUGUGGUGAGGGUCGCGUCUCACUGGGUGAAGCUGUCAGAGAACAACAUGGAAAAGAUGAGUCUUUGCACAGGUGUUGUCCUCCAGAUGUGGUGCUGUUUCCUGGUUGUGUGGAGGAGGUCAGUGCUCUGGCUCAAGUCUGCCACCGUCAUGGCCUGCCCAUCAUCCCCUUCGGCACCGGGACGGGUCUGGAGGGAGGCGUCAGUGCAGUGAAGGGCGGCGUGUGCUUCAGUCUGAGGAACAUGGACCAGGUUCUGGACCUCCACCAGGAGGACUUUGACGUGACGGUGGAGCCGGGUGUGACCCGGAAGGCUCUGAACUCCUACCUGAGAGACACCGGCCUGUGGUUUCCUGUCGAUCCUGGCGCUGACGCGUCUCUGUGUGGAAUGGCCGCCACCAGUGCAUCAGGGACGAACGCAGUGCGCUACGGAACCAUGAGGGAAAACGUUCUGAACCUGGAGGUGGUGCUCGCCGACGGCUCCGUCCUACACACAGCCGGGAAGGGCCGACGCCCCAGGAAGACGUCAGCCGGCUACAACCUGACCAACCUGUUUGUGGGCUCAGAGGGAACCCUGGGCAUCAUCACCAAGACCACGCUGCGGCUGUACGGCGUCCCAGAGGCCGUGGUGUCGGCCGUCUGCUCCUUUCCCUCCAUCCAGGAGGCCGUGGACAGCACCGUGCAGGUCCUACAGGCUGGAGUGCCCAUCGCUCGCAUCGAGUUUCUGGAUGACGUGAUGAUCGACGCGUGCAACAGGUUCAGUCGUCUCUCGUACCCUGUGAUGCCGACGCUGUUCCUGGAGUUCCACGGUUCUGAGCAAAGCCUGAAGGAACAAGUCAACACAACUGAGGAAAUCACUCAGAGUAACAGAGGCUCAGAUUUCCAGUGGGCCCAAGAGGCAGAAACGAGGGAGCGUCUGUGGAAAGCCCGUCAUGACGCCUGGUACGCGGCUCUGGCUCUCAGGCCCGGCUGCAAGGCCUACUCAACCGAUGUGUGUGUCCCUCUUUCUCGACUGCCCCAAAUCCUGGUGGAGACGAAAGAGGACCUGAUUGAAAACAGACUGACAGGUCCCAUAGCGGGACACGUAGGAGACGGUAACUUCCACUGCCUGGUGGUGGUCGACCCCAGCGACCCCGAGGAGCUGCACCGGGUCCAUCUGUUCACUGAGAGACUCGCCAGGCGAGCUCUGGCCAUGGACGGUACAUGUACAGGGGAGCACGGAGUGGGUUUGGGGAAGAGAGCGCUGCUGCGUGAGGAGAUGGGAGCCACGGCCAUCCAGGUCAUGCAGGGUCUCAAAGACGUCCUCGACCCCGAUAACGUGAUGAAUCCUGGGAAAGUUCUUCAGCCCCGAGAAAUAUGAACUGAGUUUUAGUCAGUGUACAUGGAGAAUCUU